AGUUGCCAAGACGCGAAUACUCGCUUAGUAUUUUAUGAUUUUUGGACCAAAGGGAUAAAAACAGAAGUUUUGGGCCGUAUUCCGGAUCAGGUUCAGGCCCCUGGGUGGAUUCGAUCGAACAGAAAGAAACGCAAAGUGUUUUAGUUUAGUUUUGGUAGGGCAGCACUUUGGACCUGUUUGAGUGGCGAGAGAAGCAGGCGAGAAAAUUGCACAAAAAUGGCGUCGAUGCUUCUACUAAUUUCUCUGUUACUUUUGCUUCCUUUAAUCUCCGUUGCUUACAGGCCAGGGGACAUCGUUCCCAUGAGCAAGAUGGGCCAAUACCACUCUUCGAGAACUGUUUGGCAUGACAUGAUCGGGAAACACUGUCCCAACUUUGCCGUUAAUCGCGAGGUCUUGAUUCCUAUAGCAAAGCCGACUGGUUACACGGGCGCUGAUCCCUACAAAAUAUCAUUCCAAGUUGGGAAGGAGAAGUUUCUUGUUCCAUGGCUUUUUCUAAUAAAUCGUAAGAGUUCUGAAGUUCCAAUGAUUGACAUGCAUUUGAGGUACUCGGGGGGUGAUUUGCAUGGUGUCACUGCUAAAAUUGUGGAUAUGCCUCAUCACUAUGUUGAAAUUCAUCCUGAUAUUCGUAAACAAUUCUGGGAUCCUCAACAUUGGCCAAAAUAUGUGCUUGUCAGAUACACCUGGGAGGAGCAAUCAGAGAUAGAUGUGACAUCUGGAUUUUAUGUUCUGUUUGGAUCAGGGCUGAUGCUAUCUUUUAUUCUCUCAAUCUAUAUCUUGCAGUCAUCAAGGGACAAAUUAGCAAGGUUUGUAAGGGAGAAUGUUGCAGAAAGCAGUGCGCCUGGAGUUGGAGUUGCAAAGGUCGAGUGAUGGAACAUUCAAAAUGCUACAUUGCAUGCAUGAAUCCUUCAUUUUUGAGAAAGAAAAACGUGCUGGUUCAGGAUGCGAAUUGUAAAGGCAGCAAGGGUUUAUUUAGAUAGACCAAGGAUAUGAAAGCUACUUGGAGUCGCAAUAUUUAGGUAGAAGGCAGUUGAGUGAAUUUGGAACCUCCACCGGACAUUGAGAUGGUUUGUUGCUAGCUUAACGGUAAUUAGUAAAAAAGAAAAAAAAAUAGCUAAUGCUUUGUAUUCUUAACUGUGAACUAUAUAUUCGCAUGAAGUAUACCUCCAGAUUUUUCUUC